AUGGUGAAGUACUCUCAAGAACCGGACAACUCCACCAAAUCUUGCAAGGCAAGAGGAUCCGAUCUUAGGUGCCACUUCAAGAACACGAGGGAGACAGCGCAUGCGAUAAGGAAGCUGGGUUUGAACAAGGCCAAGAGGUACUUGGAAGAUGUGAUUGCUCACAAGCAAGCUAUUCCCUUCACACGUUUCUGUCGUGGUGUUGGACGUACCGCUCAGGCCAAGAACAGGCACUCUAACGGUCAAGGUCGUUGGCCUGCUAAGUCCGCUCAGUUCGUUCUUGAUCUUCUCAAGAAUGCUGAGAGCAAUGCUGAGGUGAAAGGUUUGGAUGUUGAUGCCCUUUUCAUCUCUCACAUCCAAGUGAACCAAGCAGCUAAACAAAGGAGGAGGACUUACCGUGCUCAUGGAAGAAUCAACCCUUACAUGUCAAACCCAUGCCACAUUGAGUUGAUUUUGUCAGAGAAGGAAGAGCCUGUGAAGAAAGAGCCGGAGACGCAGUUGGCGGCAAAGUCAAAGAAGGGAACUUCAUCUUGA